UGGAUAGCCCUUCCCAUCUGGGACCCAUCUGUGAUUCCACAGAAUUGGACAAGCUGCCUGGGCACCAAAGGAGUUUGCAUAUGUGGGAGAGCAAACACAUGUCCAACAUAUGAAGGUGUGGGGGGAAGAAAAGAAGGCAAGCAACAGCCGUCUGGAUUGAAUUAUGACGGAGAGGGACCGGGAUACUGGAGGAAGGUGAAUGUGAAAGAGGAGCACAACUUGCAGGCUGCAGGACAUUAUUCCGGAUAUAAGGACUCCCAUUUGGUUCUCGUUUUCUGCUUUGAGACAGUGGAGAAAAGAAGAGUCCUGCGAUGCCCGGAUCCCCUGGCGAAGUCAAAGUCCACACUCGAUCCACACCCGGCGCUAUGCCUCCUCUUCCACCAUCCAAUCCCAGCAGACCUCGGCCAGCAUCUUUCUCCUCUGCAGCCUUGGCCAACGGGAUUAGUCAUUCGCCUCCCACCCUGAACGGCGUUCCUUCUCCACCUCAAAGAUUUAGCAAUGGACCUUCUUCCUCGUCGUCCUCCUCACUAGCCAAUCAGCAGCUCCCUGCCACUUGUGGUGCCCGUCAGCUGAGCAAACUCAAACGCUUUCUGACCACCCUGCAGCAGUUUGGCAGCGAUAUCUCACCGGAAAUUGGCGAGAAUGUCCGCAGCCUGGUUUUAGCCCUUGUGAAUUCUUCCAUUACAAUAGAGGAGUUUCAUUCCAGACUUCAGGAAGCCACCAACUUUCCUUUGCGGCCGUUUGUCAUACCGUUCUUAAAGGCUAACCUUCCCCUCCUGCAGAGGGAGCUCCUACACUGUGCCCGCGCUGCAAAGCAGACCCCCGCGCAGUAUUUGACCCAGCAUGAGCAUCUCCUCCUCAGCACCACCAUGAGCUCCCCUCACGACUCCUCUGAGCUGCUGCUUCUGACAGGCGACAAUGGGAAGAGAAGCAGCCCUGACAGAACUAAAGAGAACGGACUUGUGGAACGUGUGCCGGGACCGAUGGAGCCCCCCGCGAAAAGAAUCUGCACCAUCAGUCCUGCCCCUCGCCACAGCCCGGCUCUCCCAUCACCCCUGAUGUUAAGUGGGCAGGUGCACCCGACGCCACCUCCUCUGCAGCACUAUGCCCUGGAGGACAUCGCAGCUCCACAUCUGUACCGCGAACCACAGCGCCUGCUGGAGCUCCGAGACCUUCGGGAUCGCUCACGGCACCAUGGCUCAAACGGAAGCUACCGCGACGAGCCAGUGGACCACAAGCUGACGGACCGAGAGUGGGCAGACGAGUGGAGACACUUAGACCAGGUGUUGAAUUGCAUCGUGGACAUGGUGGAGAAAACCCGGCGCUCCAUCGACGUGCUGCGGCGCUGUCAGGAGGCGGACCGCGAGGAGAUAAAUUACUGGAGGAGACGGUCCGCUGAGCACGAAGAGGGACGCAAGAGUGGCCCCCCGCACUCCAAGCAGCUGAGCCCCCUCAUAGCCGACAUUCUUUGCAGUGAUUCACAGCGGGAUCUCACAGUCGUGUCGGGCCCCGGAUACGUUUCUGAUGAAAUCUGGAAGAAGGCAGAAGAGGCGGUGAAUGAGGUCAAGCGGCAGGCGAUGGACGAGGUGCAGAAGGCCGUGGCCGAGGCCGAGCAGAAGGCCUUUGAAAUGAUCUCGGUGGAGAGAGCGAAAAUGGAGAAAACUCUUGCCGAUGCCAAGCGCCAAGCCACAGAGGACGCCAUCCAAGUCAUCAACGAGCAAGAAGAUUCCACUGAGAGUUGCUGGAACUGUGGACGCAAGGCCAGCGAGACGUGCAGCGGCUGCAACGCCGCCCGCUACUGUGGCUCUUUUUGCCAACAUAAAGACUGGGAACGGCACCACCUGAUCUGCAGCCCCGGGCUCCAGGCACAGCCAAAGCCACCACCCGCGGCGACGGCCAGAGCCACAGGCAGGUUCCCCGACAGAGGCGCCAUCGCUAGCCCCUCGCUGGAGAAAGCAGCCGCCUCGCGGUCAUCGACGCCUUCUUCCAUCUCGGCCGGCGAGGUGAACGGACAUUAAGGCCGGUGGAGACGCCCUGCCCUGCUCUGCUCCCGUCUUCUCUUUAUCUUUUGUCUUUCGAUUCAUUCCUGAGUGUGCAGCUCUGUGGGUGGACUGGUGC